UUUCGAUUUUCUUCGCUCAAAAAAAAAGGAAAAGAAUUCAAAUGUCUGACAAUACUGGAUUUAAGUCUAUUGCUGAAUCAAAUGAGUGGGUUAAAUGGAUUAACGAAGCCGUUGCCGCCAAAGAUUACAUUAAAUCUUAUGAACGCAAACACUUUAGUGAUAUUCAAGAAAUUGAUUCUGGAAGUUAUGGAAAAGUCUACCGUGCAAGUUGGAAAAAUUCUCAAGGAUAUUUAGCACUGAAAUCUUUUUAUGACCUCAACAAUACAAUAGCCAAGGAAAUUAUUCAUGAGUUUAAACUUCAGCAUCAAGUUAAUUUUCAUAAUAAUAUUAUUCGUUUUUGUGGUAUUAUUAUCUCAUAUGAGGAAGAAAAUCAAGUUGAUAAUUCAAAGUAUUUGUUGGUGAUUGAAUAUGCUGAUAGUGGUACUCUUCGAAGCUAUUUGAAGCAACAUUUUGAAAAUCUCACUUGGACUGAUAAAUUUGAAUUGGCACUCCAGUUAUCUUCUGCUGUAUUAUGCUUACAUGAUCAAGGAAUCGCACACCGUGAUUUGCAUUCUAAUAAUGUAUUAAUUCAUCAAAGUGUCAUUAAGUUAACCGAUUUUGGACUGUCAAAGCGAAUCGAAGAAUCAUCAAAUAUUCAACCAAAAUUACAUGAAAAGGUCACGUAUAUUGAUCCAAAAAUAUUUAAUCAAGUGCAAAUCUAUUCAUUGAAUAAAAAGAGUGAUAUAUACAGUAUUGGCAUACUCUUUUGGGAAAUAUCUAGUGGCCGACCUCCUUUUUGUAAUGAACCUUGUGAUGAUAAUAAUUUGGCUAUAAGAAUUCUACAUGGUCUUAGAGAAGCACCUAUUUCUGAUACACCUGAGGAUUAUAUAAAACUUUAUACUGAUUGUUGGAAUAGUGAACCGGAUAAUCGUCCAACUAUUAAUCAGGUUGCUGAUAAAUUAAAGGCAAUUAGUACAAAAAAUAAUAAUUGUAAUAUUAAUGCGGAUGUCCAGUUAUUAGGUGAACAACCGUUUAAGCUUAAAUCGAAUGUUAUUGAGGUUCCUAAAAAUAUUAAAUAUUCACCAUUUGAAAAUUUAUCACAAGUUAUCCAAAAUUUUGGCAAGAUAAACAUAGAAGAAAUGGAACCUACAACAUAUAUCGUACCUGUUAAUAUUAUAGUUGAUGAAAUAAUAAAUAUUCUUAAUAAAUUAGAAGAAGUAGAAGAAAAACAGGAAAUUCUUAAUUAUCUUAAUAAUUAU